CUCCAACCUGCCCUCUGGUAUGCUGCAUCCUGUGUGGGGACUUCAGAGCUCAUAAAGCAACGUGGAAAAGUGGAAAAGCAAAGUCAGCAAGCGUCAACAAACGGAAAGCAAAGAAGAAAGGCCCUGAAAAACCAGCCACCGGGAAUCUUGCACCCGUCCAAUCCACCUGGAGAGAUGUCUGAAGAGAACCUGAAAGAUCUGCACCUAGAGGAAAAACAUCUGGUACCUGAAACCAAAGAAAUUAACGGAAUCCUUAUGACCAAAAUGAUUAGUGAUAAUUGGGACAAAAUAUGGAAUUUUCAAGCAAAGCCUGAUGACCUCCUCAUUGCAACCUAUGCAAAGGCAGGCACAACUUGGACACAGGAGAUUGUGGACAUGAUCCAAAAUGAUGGGGAUGUGCAGAAGUGCCAGCGGGCUAACACCUUUGAUCGGCAUCCUUUCAUUGAGUGGACUCUACCCCCUCCUCUCAACUCAGGUCUGGAUCUGGCUAACAAAAUGCCUUCUCCCAGAACUCUUAAAACUCACCUGCCAGCGCAGCUGCUGCCCCCUUCCUUCUGGGAAGAACACUCAAAGAUUAUCUAUGUGGCUAGAAAUGCUAAGGAUUGUCUGGUGUCCUACUACCAUUUCUCCAGAAUGAAUAAAAUGGUGCCUGACCCCGGAACUUGGGAGGAGUAUAUUGAGACAUUCAAAGAAGGAAAAGUGCUGUGGGGCUCCUGGUACGACCAUGUAAAGGGAUGGUGGGAUGCAAAAGACAAACACCGCAUUCUCUACCUCUUCUAUGAGGACAUGAAGGAGGACCCAAAGAGGGAAAUUCAGAAGAUACUGAAAUUCCUAGAGAAAGAAAUAUCAGAAGAAAUUCUGAAUAAAAUUCUCUAUCAUACUUCCUUUGAUAUAAUGAAGCAAAACCCAAUGGCCAACUAUACCACUCUGCCCACCAGUAUCAUGGACCACUCCAUCUCGCCCUUUAUGCGGAAAGGGAUGCCGGGAGACUGGAAGAACCAUUUUACUGUUGCCCAGAAUGAAGAAUUUGACAAGGACUACAAGAAGAAAAUGUCAGGAAGCACCUUGACCUUCCGCACAGAGAUCUGAGAGCAAUUCCGGAGUCAAUCCUGGACUGUAGUUUAGCCCUCUGCAUCAUACGAUAAAGCAACUACACUCUUUCUUCAAUCCCAAGUUUUUCUACAGUUCCUGGAGAUGUUUAGCCACCACAGCAAUAGUUCACCAUAAUAUAAUCAACGCCAGAGUAGUAAGCUGGAAAUUAAGUUCGGUGAUCACUCACCUAGAUACCUAAUAUAUGAUCACAUACUCACCUAUAUAUACUAAGGCAAAAUCUACACAGGAUUUAACUCCAUUACAAACACCCAGAGGCAAAGUUCAUUAAGAAGAUAAAUAAAAUAGGAGUAGCCUUCAACAUAAGAGAAAGGGUACAAGGGAAGCAACAAGGCUGAGAAGCGAGCCCUGGGGAGAAGGUGGAAGGGUAAAGCAUUUUGCUCACCUUCGGUGGUCCAGCCCUGAGAGAGGCAGCCUUGCCCGGUUCUUUGACGGGUCAGGUUGUGGGUUUCUUCAGAGGGCGACCUGAGAGCGGCAGCAAGUAGUGAGGGAGUGACUGACGUGGAGUCAAGCUGGAGAUUGUCUCCAGACCAAAGAGAAAAGCCCAGGUAUCUUGUUUAUAAAGACGAACAAACGUCACUCACAUCGGUAACCAAGACAAGAUUGAAAAGCAGCGUGAAAUUUUUUUUUUUCAGAUAGACUGCUUACUUAGAAAAAUAGCCUUAAGUUAGUUCAAGAGAUGGAGAGAUAAAAUAUACUGCAUCCCACGCAUGUUAAGAAAAACGAAUGGCACAACUCUUGAGAAAAAUCACUUCCCAUGUUUCUUUUUACAAAGGGCUCCUAGCGCAACUACCAGGAUUGCCAAGCUGGUCAGUUACACAAAUAAUCAUUUCCUGCUUCUUAUCCUUUUCAUGAAAACUUAGCUUGAGAAAUGAUUAGUCAUCAUUCACAUGAGCUAUGCAAUGGCCAGACCCUUGCGUUGAAUGGGUGAAUAGAAGAAAGCAAGGUAUCAGGCGGUGCAACAGUAGGAAGGUACUUUUUGUAGGAGCAAUGGCUUCGUGUGGACUAAUUUAUAUACUAUAGAAAAUUAUCGACUUCUCCCAGAAACAAGUUCAGCCCCAUUCCUCUACCUUUCCACUCUAAAAUGAGCAUGCAAAUCACUAAACAUGUGGAAAAUAAACUGGUAAAAUAUUUA